AAUUUCAAACCGCUCAGCUCACACCUCACAGCAGAUAAAGCACAACUUACAAAGCAGCAGGCACUCCUUCGGUCCUUCACUCCAAAUCCUCUACGGUUCCCGGACGAUAUUCUAGUACCACUCGGACCACUGCGUGAGACGUGUCUCCCAGUUCUCGGAACAAUGUGGGUCUUAUCCUGCGCCACCCCUACUUAUCCUACACUUCCCGGUAGAACAACAACCUCCACAUCCUUGGUUUCGGUUCGUUCGAGCUCAAGAACUUUGGUUUCAGUUCGUUCCAGUUCUCAAGACUUCGUCCCCGCUCACCAUCAUCCCUUCGUUCCAGAGGUUGCAGAAGCAGUGGAUUCUCUGUUCUCAGAGUUCAGAGCUGUGGAUAAUCUGGUGGCGCGAAAUACCAUCCGUGUUCUUAAAGCUUACCAAAAUGCCCGGGUUGGAUCUCAUCACUUUGCUGGAUGCACUGGCUAUGGCCAUGAUGAAGCCGGUGGACGUGAAGCACUUGACAAAACUUUUGCAGAAAUUGUUGGAGCAGAAUCAGCAAUUGUUCGUGCACAGUUCUUUUCUGGUACACAUGCUAUCACUUGUGCAUUAUUUGCCUUUUUAAGGCCAGGGGAUGAGCUUCUAGCAGUUGCUGGUUCUCCUUAUGACACAUUGGAGGAAGUUAUUGGAAUUAGGGACUCUUAUGGACUUGGUUCCUUGAAAGACUUUGGUGUGCAGUACAGAGAAGUCCCGCUUGCAAAUGAUGGGGGCCUUGACUGGGAUGCACUUAGUUUUGCUGUGAAACCUCAAACAAAAUGUGCCCUAAUACAAAGAUCUUGUGGUUAUUCAUGGCGCCGCAGUUUAAGUGUAAAUGAAAUUGGUAGAGCAAUAAAGAUAAUUAAGAUGCAGAAUCCAGAUUGUAUGGUCAUGGUGGAUAAUUGCUAUGGUGAAUUUGUGGAAAGCAUGGAACCUCCAAUGGUGGGUGCAGAUUUAAUUGCUGGCAGUCUGAUAAAAAAUCCAGGUGGAACUAUUGCACCCUGUGGUGGAUAUGUUGCGGGAAGGGAAAAAUGGGUGAAAGCAGCUGCUUCUCGUCUCUCUGCCCCAGGUCUUGGGGUAGAUUGUGGCUCAACUCCAGGUGAUAUUAUGCGUUCUUUCUUCCAGGGCUUGUUUCUUUCACCCCAAAUGGUUGGGGAAGCAGUCAAGGGAAGCUUCCUUAUUGCUGAAGUCAUGACAUCUAAAGGAUAUAAGGUGCAGCCACUUCCUCGAGUUCCUCGCCAUGAUACAGUCCAGGCAAUACAACUUGGAAGCCGAGAGCGUCUUCUUGCUUUCUGUGAGGCUGUACAAAGAAGUUGUCCUGUAGGGUCUUUUAUAAAGCCAGUUGCAGGUUCGACUCCUGGAUAUGCAUCAGAGGUGGUAUUUGCUCAUGGAACAUUCAUUGAUGGGAGCACAAGUGAGCUUUCAUGUGAUGGACCAUUGAGGGAACCUUUCUCAGUUUUUUGUCAGGGUGGCACACACUGGACUCAGUGGGGAGUUGUUUUAGGAGAGGUUUUGAAAUCCAUAUGAAUCAUCAAAUGAAUUUGGAGAGAUGAACUAGCAGGCACUGCAUCAUUCCAUUGUGCCAAUGAGAGUUUCCACCAUCAAGAAAAGGUAUUCAUGAUGUUGAGGGGAAGACGCAAGACUUUAUUCAACUCUGUUAUCACAAAUUGGAAUUCUCCUUCAAUCUUUGUUCAAGGAAAGUUACUCCUAGUUGAGGUUCAUCUGAGUAGAAGAAUCCUGCCACGUUGGAUAUCCACAAGAGCUGAUGCGGACCCUUAAAGAUGGGAAUGCUGGAUCUUUUGGAGAUGGUGGUUUAAUCUGAACUGUUAAAUUUGGCGCCGAUGAUUUUUGGAGGGUUAUACGUGCAUUUAUUUUUUAUGGUUGCUAACACAGUUCCUAGUUAACAAAAAUACCCAAAUCAAGACCAGCAUGGAAAGUGUUUUAAAAGGCCCAAUUGCAUAUGGGCUUUUUGACCCAAAAGAAAAAAAUUACAUAUGGGCCUGUCACCUGUAAAGUUAAGUUGAGUGGGGGUUGUAGUAGAGUUUGAUAGAUAGACUUAAUUGAGCACGCUUAUUGUUUAUUUCA